UCCCGUUUCUUUCCCCUGGAUUUUGGGAUCCCAUUCCCAUUUCCCCUGGAUUCCAUGAUCCCAUUCCCGUUUCUUUCCCCCGGGCUUUGGGAUGCCGUUCCCGCCCCAGGGGAGCCGGGUGUGCUGGUGGGCCGCAUCGACCAGCGGGACCCCCUGCGCCGCUUCGACGGCUACGUCAGCGCCGGCGCCACGCGCAGCAAGAUCGCCCGCGACGUGCUGGCCAAGGGCGACCAGGCCUACCUGUCAGGGGACGUUCUGGUGAUGGACGAUUUGGGGUACCUGUACUUUCGGGACCGGGGCGGGGACACGUUCCGCUGGCGGGGCGAGAACGUCUCCAGCACCGAGGUCGAGGGCGCGCUGAGCCGCCUCCUGGGCCAGGCCGACGUCGCCGUCUACGGCGUCGAGAUUCCCGGUAAAGCCCAAAAAAAUUCGGGAUAA